GCGUAUUUAUGUAGUUACAUUGUUGAGCAUGUGGACCGCGUUUUGGUCGUUGGUGGUCUGCUAAGGGGAGGGGGACAAUUUUUGGGAACUUCUCGUUAUGUGCUUUGUUUGUGUGCAAUGGAAAAUUCAUGGAACGCACAGAUAACAACGAAUCAGGUUCCUUUGUUUUCUUCGUUAGCGAAGGAAGCAACUUGUUCCGGCAACUCUCUAUUCAGUCUACAAAACUCUGGUCGCACAGUAGUUUCUAUGCGACAUUGAAACAGAUCGGACUUCUUGGCAAUAGAUUGGCGUUAUCUUGGUUCUCGAGAAGACUCCGCCGAGACGAAAUAUCAGAAGAAAUGAGCUCGGAAAACGGUAGGGAGUUUUGGUACGACGAUGAAGUAUACGGUCUGGUAAAACUGCCAUCGUACAUUCGGGAUGUGACCGCAGUGGAAGAGUUUCAGCGGCUGAAGUAUUUGAAGCAGCUGGGUACGUCGGACGCCAAAUAUGAUGGAGCCGAUCAUAGUAGAUUCGAACACUCGCUGGGCGCUUGCUAUUUGGCUGGACGUUUGCUGGAUUCUUUAAGUUGGACUCACACGAUUGAUGAUGGGGAUCGGAAAUGUGUUUUGUUGGCCGCCGUACUACAUGAUGUUGGCCAUGGACCGUUCUCGCAUACUUGGGAAAAGUUUGUCGGAGCAUACGGUGAACGUUGGAAGCACGAAGAAUGCUCGGUGAAACUCGUUAACAGAAUAUUGCGACGCGCAACGGAUCUCUCCGAUGGAGAAAUUGCGCUGGUAUGCAGUUUAAUAAGUGGAAGUGCGUCCGAUUUGCUGACUCCCGAUCGUCGCUACCUGGCGCAGAUUGUGAGUGCCGACGUGGAUGUAGAUCGGUGCGACUACCUUCAGCGCGACUCCUACCACGUGCCGAACAUCAUACAACCGUCGCGCCCCUUUCGGGAGAUUUUCGAACGGGCUAAGAUCGUUCGAGUUGGCGACGAAUCGUUAUUGGCGUACGAUCUGCGUGAUUACGCGUUAGUGUACGAGAUGGCCGGUGCCCGCCAAGAGCUCCAUCGCCGCUGUUAUGAGGAUCCAAAUGUACUGGCCGGCGAACUGAUGGUGUGUGACGCACUGCACGAAGCGGAACGAGCAGGAUUUCGUUUCUCUCGCAAUGGACAAUGCGAACGUCUUUCUAAAGUUCAUAACAAUCUGGAGCUGUUUAUGUACCUAAAUGAUAGCAUUAUCGAAGAACUCCUGUCCAGCAAACUUCCUGGGUUGGAGAAAACCAAAGAAAUUAUUACACGCUAUCGAAAGCGUAAUUUAUAUCAACAAAUCAUGACGUCUCCUGUCGAUCUUAGUGAAAAGAUCAACAGAUAUAACCAAUCCCAACACGAGGCAGUGGUAAGACAAGCUUUUCGUCAUAUACAAUCCACAAAGCAGUGGUUCGGUGAUUUCAACGUUCAUUUCUACACACACAAUCUUGCUGGGGCAAUCGUGAUCGUUCCGGCUGCAAAUGCCGAAGAACACGUCUUUGUGAACGGGUGCCAGAGAGAGUUUGAGGACGAGGUAAAGGAAUACAUCAUUUACUGCACCAGCAGCGAUUCAGAAGUGCGACGAGCAACGAAACAUCAUUUCAUGAACGCAGACAAAGCAACCAUUGAAAGCUAGUCAAUGCUUAUAUCAAAGCGCAUAAGAGUUUAUUCCGUUUAAUAUGAUUUAUUUUCACUGAUUACAAAAGAGGCUUGAGGAAGCGCAAGCCACUGAAACCUUCGCAGGGAACUAGUUGAACUAAUAUAUAUAAAUAUUUAUCACCAUAUCCGUGCCUGUUGAUGGUGUGCGCCGAAAAUUAGCAGACCUUCGAUUAUUCUGCUGAACUCCCGAAUUAUGUUUAAAUUUUCACUUUCACAGAAGUUUAGUGAUUUUUGUUUUAAGUUUUUUCGUUCUCGAGUAUAUUUUGUUUAUUGAAAGGCAUUUGAAAUGUACCACAUGUGUUCUAAUACAGAUCAUAACCUUAUUAUCAAAGACGUUUGUCUUUAUCAGGCACUUCAAUUGAGGAGUAUGGUUGACAAGAAGGAAACAUGCGUUUUAUUUCACUUAAUAAAUUUUUAUUUCUUUCCAUAAUGGUCAAAUGCUCACAUA